CUGUAGCUGAGGGAGCCGGCGGGUCGUCGGCCGGGCGGGCGCGCGCGGAGGGCUCGUUCUCGCGAGAGCGCAGCUGCCUGGCUCGGAGGUGCAGCCGCGGCGGCGGAGAGAGGAGCCGUCAUGGACGCCGUGGAGGACUGUGUGUGGCCCAGGGCCACGUCGGAGCUCAUCCUCCUGCCGGUCACGGGCCUGGAGUGCGUGGGGGACCGGCUGCUGGCGGGCGAGGGGCCUGAUGUGCUGGUGUACAGCCUGGACUUCGGCGGGCACCUGCGGAUGAUGAAGCGAGUGCAGAACCUGCUGGGCCACUAUCUGAUCCACGGCUUCCGGGUGCGGCCGGAGCCCAAAGGAGACACUGACUCGGAGGCCAUGAUCGCCGUGUUUGGGAGCAAGGGGCUCCGCAUCGUGAAGCUCAGCUGGGGUGAGAGCCGCUUCCGGGAGCUCUGGCGCUCGGGCUUGUGGACCAUGUCCGACUGGAUCUGGGACGUCCGCUGGCUCGAAGGCAACGUGGCCUUGGCGCUGGGCCACAACUCCGUGGUGCUCUACGACCCUGUGAUAGGAUGCAUGCUCCAGGAUGUGGCCUGCACCGACAGGUGCACGCUGUCGUCAGCCUGCCUGAUCGGGGACACCUGGAUGGAGCUGACCAUUGUGGCCGGGGCCGUCUCCAACCAGCUCCUGGUGUGGUACCCCGCCACCGCCCUCACGGAUGACAAGCCAGUGGCUCCCGACCGGCGGGUGAGCGGCCACGUCGGGGUGAUCUUCAGCAUGUCCUACUUGCAAAGCAAGGGCCUGCUGGCCACGGCCUCGGAAGACCGCAGCGUCCGGAUCUGGAAGGUGGGUGACCUGCGCGUGCCCGGGGGGCGGGUGCAGAACAUCGGCCACUGCUUCGGCCACAGCGCGCGCGUGUGGCAAGUCAGGCUCUUGGAGAAUUACCUCAUCAGCGCCGGGGAGGACUGUGUGUGCUUGGUGUGGAGCCACGAAGGGGAGAUCCUCCAGGCCUUUCGGGGCCACCAGGGCCGCGGCAUCCGAGCCGUCGCUGCGCACGAGAGGCAGGCGUGGGUCAUCACCGGGGGCGACGACUCCGGCAUCCGCCUCUGGCACCUGGUGGGGCGCGGGUACCCAGGCCUGGGCGUCUCGGCGCUCUCCUUCAAGUCUCCCAGCAGGCCGGGCGUCCUCAAAGCCGUCACCCUGGCCGGCUCCUGGCGACUGCUGGCCGUGACUGACCAAGGAGCCCUGUAUCUCUACGACCUGGAGGUCAAGUGCUGGGAGCAGCUGCUGGAGGAUCCCAACUUCCAGUCUUACUGCCUCCUGGAGGCGGCGCCCGGGCCCGAGGGCUUCGGCCUGUGCGCCAUGGCCAAUGGGGAGGGCCGCGUCAAGGUGGUCCCCAUCAACACCCCGACCGCCGCCGUGGACCGGACCCUGUUCCGCGGGAAGGUCCACAGCCUGAGCUGGGCCCUCCGAGGCUACGAGGAGCUGCUGCUGCUGGCCUCGGGCCCCGGCGGGGCGGUGGCCUGCCUGGAGAUCUCCGCCGCGCCGUCGGGCAAGACCAUCUACGUCAAGGAGCGCUGCCGGUACCAGCUGCCCCCGAGCAAGCAGCGCUGGCACACGUGCAGCGCCUUCCUGCCGCCCGGGGACUUCCUGGUGUGCGGGGACCGCCGGGGCUCCGUGCUGCUGUUCCCCGCGCGGCCGGGGCUGCCCCAGGACCCCGGGGGGGGCGGCGGGGCCGGGCCCGGGGCGCCGGGCGCCGGCGGCCAGCACGCGGCGGCUGGGUACGGCCCCGUGUCCACGCUGCACUCGCUGCACGGGAAGCAGGGGGUGACCUCGGUCACCUGCCACGGCGGCUACGUGUACACCACGGGCCGCGAUGGCGCCUACUACCAGCUGUUCGUGCAGGGCGGCAAGCUGCAGCCCGUGCUGCGGCAGAAGUCGUGCCGGGGCAUGAACUGGGUGGCGGGGCUGCGCAUGGUGUCGGACGGCAGCACGGUCGUCCUGGGCUUCCACGCCAACGAGUUCGUGGUGUGGAGCCCGCGGUCGCACGAGAAGCUGCACAUCAUCAACUGCGGCGGCGGCCACCGCUCCUGGGCCUUCUCCGACACCGAGGCGGCCAUGGCCUUCGCCUACCUCAAGGACGGGGACGUGAUGCUGUACCGGGCGCUGGGCGGCUGCACGCGGCCCCACGUGAUCCUGCGCGAGGGCCUGCACGGCCGGGAGAUCACGUGCGUCCGGCGGGUGGGCACCGUCACCCUGGGGCCCGAGUUCGAGGUGCCCGGCCUGGAGCCGCCAGACGACCUGGAGCCGGGGCGCGAGGGGCCCGGCCCCAUCGACAUCGUGGUCACCUGCAGCGAGGACACCACCGUCUGCGUGCUGGCGCUGCCCACCACCACCGGCUCCGCGCACGCGCUCACGUCCGUCUGCAACCACAUCUCCUCGGUGCGCGCGCUGGCCGUGUGGGGCCUGGGCACCCCGGGCGGCGCCGGCCGCGCCCGGCCCGGGCUCACCGCCCACGUGGUGUCGGCGGGGGGCCGCGCGGAGAUGCACUGCUUCAGCAUCAUGGUCACCCCCGACCCCAGCACCCCGAGCCGCCUGGCCUGCCACGUCAUGCACCUCUCCUCCCACCGGCUGGACGAGUACUGGGACCGGCAGCGCAACCGCCAUCGGAUGAUCAAGGUGGACCCUGAGACCAGGUACAUGUCCCUGGCCAUCUGUGAAGUCGAUAAGCCUGGCAUGGGGCCGCUCGUGGCCGCGGCUUGCAGCGACGGGGCGGUGAGGCUCUUCCUCCUGCAGGACUCUGGGCGAAUUCUGCAGCUCCUGGCUGAAACAUUCCACCAUAAGCGAUGCGUCCUCAAGGUCCACUCGUUCACGCACGAGGCGCCAGACCAGCGGCGGCGGCUGCUCCUGUGCAGCGCAGCCACCGAUGGCGGCCUGGCCUUCUGGGACCUCACCACCGUGCUGGAGCCCCAGGGGCAGCCGGCCCUGCCCUUCGACCUUGGCCCACCCUGCCUCACUGUCCAGGCCCACAGCAGCGGGGUCAACAGCCUGCACACACUGCCCACGCCCGACGGUCGCCAUCUCGUGGCCAGUGGCAGUGAGGAUGGGUCUCUCCACAUCUUUGUGCUUGCUGUGGAGAUGCCAGAGCAGGGGGAGACUGAGACCAAGGACGAGGCCCAGCCGGUGCCCCGGCUGCGCGCCCUGGAGGAGUACUCGGUCCCUUGUGCGCAUGCGGCCCACGUGACUGGCCUUAAGCUCCUAAGCCCCAGCCUCAUGGUCUCAGCCUCCAUCGACCAGCGGCUGACCUUCUGGCGGCUAGGACACGGCGAGCCCACCUUCAUGAACAGCGCUGUGUACCACGUGCCAGACGUGGCGGACAUGGACUGCUGGCUUGUGAGCCCCGAGUUUGGUCACCGCUGUGCUCUUGGGGGCCAGGGGCUCGAGGUGUACAACUGGUAUGACUGAGGCAAGUGGGGCGCCUGCCCGCUGGGCAAGGGGUCUUGCAGGACGGCGGAAGUGGGGAUCGCCUGUCUGUGCCCAUGCCCAGCACACCUCCAGGAAGAG